UUUCGUUUUUUUCCCGAUGUGUUUACUUUCGUUGCAUUUCUGUUUGAAAUGCGUGCGUUUCCCACACACACAAUCGUCAGUGAUUGAACUUACCCCCGUCUGUAUCGAGUCAACUUUGUGACCCGUCUCACUGAUUAUAACUGAUGCUCGGUUGUUCCCAGCCGAAGGCCUACGCGGCUCGGCCGGCAACUUGUGUAGGCCUUCAAUGCACCCGUCGGCUUUGUCUGUAAGCAAAUGACGAGAAAUGAAGAAGGGUGACGAUACCGAAGAAAAGAAAAUGAAUGGCGAAUUUUAUAGUAGCCCUCAUGACCAUAUUCCGACCGGUAAUGACCAGUUGGACCACAAACACAAACCGGAGAAGAAAAGAAAAAAAAAAAAAGUGGCUGCCGCGGACUGAGAGUGGUCCAUCAAAUUUGUGUUACAACCCAUUCGGAUCGAGAGGUGAUGGCACUUUUGGACGACACAAACCAGAAAAAAAAACAAACUUGCUUUUUCCUAACACGGCACACACAGUCGUCGGGAAAAAACACACACACAGCCGUCUAAACUACCAAGUGUAGAAGAUGAAAAAAGAAAGGAAAUAAAACAACCUGCUGCUGUUUUUUUUUUUUUUUUCCAAGACGAAGAUGAGAUAUUAUUGGCCAUCAAGAAAGCAAUAAUCUUAAGCGACAGGUAGCUCAAGAGGACCUGAACAAAGUGUGAUUACAUAUUGAGGACGUCAUCGAAUUUCAAAGAAUAUUCGAUCCCAGUUUGUUGAUUGUUGUUCGAGUCUUCUGAGUUUCGCCGUUUUCAUUCGCGUUCGCCCCCAGUUUCAGUUUUCGCGUUGGGGGUGCCGGUGGUGCUUUUGCUGGUUCAAGUUUUGGAGGCGUUUUGGUUGUUCACAUUUUUUUGAAACCCUUCAACGUUUCGGUCGUGGACGCAGUCGUGUCCACUACCUCCCAAACCAGCUACGAAAAUUGAUCCGACGGCCAUAAUGAGCUCCAAGUUUUUGGACAGCAUGCUGACCAAAUACCAAGCGGAGGCGGCGGGCGCGGCCGCCGUCGCCGCCGGAGGUUCCAGCUACUCAUCGCAACACGCUCGAAUGUACCCGUACGUCUCGGCGAUGGGCCAGAGCGGCUUUCCCGGCGUGGCCGGAUACUCGAACGCAUUGGCCAAUGCGGCCGAAUCGGCGGCGGCGGCUACGGCGGCCGCAGCGGCAGACAAGCAGUGUCGAUACACUGGGAGCGCGGCAGCGGCGGCAUCCAUGGCCGAGGCCAUGGUCAACUAUUCACUGGGUGCGGCGCAUCAGAACGGAGUCGCCGGAGCGGCAGCGGCCAGUAUGGCCCAAGCGGCGGCCGCCAAUUUCUACCAAGCGGCCAGCGCGGGAGGAGCCGCAGCGGCCGCGGCUGCAGCGGCUGCCGGCGUCGAUCCCAACAAUCCGCUGUCGGCCUGUUCGCACGGCGGACCACCGACUGGACUUGGCGCUCUGGCCGGCGUUCAGUCCGGCGGCGGACCAGACAUUCCACGCUACCCAUGGAUGUCCAUCACCGGUUCUUUCGCCUCUCACGACGGCUUCUCACACGCGGGAAUCUGCUCAGGUCCUAAUGGCUGCCCGAGAAGGAGAGGUCGCCAGACUUAUACGCGCUACCAGACGUUGGAAUUGGAGAAAGAGUUCCACUUUAACCACUACUUGACGCGGCGGAGGCGGAUCGAAAUCGCCCACGCCUUGUGCCUGACUGAGCGCCAGAUCAAGAUCUGGUUCCAGAACCGGCGCAUGAAGCUGAAGAAAGAGCUGAGAGCCGUGAAGGAGAUCAACGAGCAGGCGCGUCGCGAGCGCGAGGAGCAAGAGAGCUCGAUCCGCAACAGCGGCAACGAUCACCACGGCGACGGCAAGAGCAAGCACCAGCACCAUCACGCUUCUUCGUCGCAUCACCAGCAGCAACAGCAGCAUCAACAGCACGGACAGCAAGACAGGAGCCAUCACGUUCAUCAUCACGAUCUGCUGCAGGCCGCCGCUUCGGCCAACUACGCCGCCGACAUCAGCAAAAUGGCCGCCAAGAGCCUCACAUAAGAGCUUUUUUUUCAAAUAGCCCAGGUGACAACAACAAAACAUUCACAUAAUAUCGCCAUUGAAACAAAAACAAAAAAAGAGAUAAGGCGGCCAACCACUAGCCGAUUAUUAUUAUUAUUAUUAUUAUAUAUAUUUUUUUUUUUUUUUUUUUUUUUUUUUGGUGAACUACUUCCGUUUCAAUCCAAUACCCUCACGCAUACGUAUACUCUAUGACACCACUCCCAGUGAAGUUAUUAUUUGAUACUCUUUGAUGACCACCUCGCGAAAGAAGCAAAUGCGCCAACAUUUCUGCACCUCCCAGUCCACCCACUUUUUUUUUUUUUUUUCAUUUGACAUUUUU